AUGGAGGCUGAGCAAGUUGGGGAGCUUGUGUCUGUGACAUUCACAUGGACGAUUGAAAAAUUCUCUAGGUUGAAAUCCCAGAAGCAUUACUCAGAGGGUUUUUCUGUUGGUGAUUUUCAAUGGCAGAUGGUUGUGUAUCCAAAGGGAAGCAGUGGAAUUCCCGGGAAGCACGAUUUGUCGAUAUAUUUGAAUGUUGCAAAUGCUUCAGCAUUGCCAUCUGGGUGGAGUAGAUAUGCCCAGUUCACCUUGACUGUGGUGAAUCAAGUUGACCGUCAUAAGUCAAUCACAGUAGAAACUAAACAUGUUUUCAGUGAAAGUAAAAGUGAUUGGGGCUUCACAUCAUUCAUGCCUCUAAGUGAGCUUUGUGAUUGUACCAGAGGGUUUCUUGUGAAUGAUAUAUGUGUUCUUGAAGCCGAGGUUGCAGUCAGUCAGGUUGACUAUAAGAUUUCAGAAGUCCAAGAAACUUGGUUUUGUACACCCAUAGUGCCCCAAAAGCAUGAGGAUCAAACGCUAGGACCUUCAAAUGUAGAUUCUGUGCUAGUUACAGAGUCUUCACAACCUCUCAGGGAACCUUGUUCUGAACAGGUGCUUAACUCUUCAAUAGCAUUUACGACACGAAGUUUUGAUCAAUUGCUUGCUUUCCAGGAUUCACCAAGUUCUGAACAAGCUUGCACUGAGCUUAAUGAUAGCCCUGUUGGCCCUUCCAUAAUCAAGGAACAUGAGCAAACGCCCUCCACUCCAGUUGGCAAGCUCAUGGAUUUCAAGGGUUUAGGGCAAAUAGAGAAAGAUUUUGUUCCAUUGCUGGAGGAAGUCUGUUUGUUGCAUCCUUCAUUGAUUGAGUGCCAAAGGAAGAGAAGUCGUAUGUUUACUGAAUGGGCAUUCACAGCUUUGGGUAGACUCUUGUAUUUUCUACAGACUACAAAAGGUAAGGAUAUGGUUGAGGAUGCCUGUAAGCACCUUCAAAUUUUAUGGGAGGAGCUGGAGACCUUCAGAUUUGACUUGUCUUGGUUGGAGCCUCAUGUUCAAUCCGCCUUGGGUAUGAACAAGUUUGUGGAAAGGGCACGACUGGUGAAAGAACAGAGAGACAAUGUGGAUGCUUUGGAGAUUGAAGUCAAGAGGUUAAAAGCAAGGCUAGUUGUUGCAACGCUAGAGUUUCAGGUUGCAAAAACAGACAUGGGAUUGGCAGAAGAAAGCUGUGUUGAAAUAAAUAUGGAUGGUGAGCUUGGUUAUGGGAGGCGUUCCUUAAUUUAG